UGAGUAUUGUCAGUCGAAGGCUCAUCGUUUUCUGAAAACUUUCACAAUGCAGGUCCUCGUUGUCUUCUGUAUAGGUUUAGCUGUUGCCUUUGCGGCUCCAGACACAUCAUGUUCCAGCCAGAUUAGGGGAUUGGAAGACGAGAUGUCGGAGUUGAGAAAGAUUUUCCAGACAAUGAGCGAUGAGAUGGAACAGAUGAAGGUUGUUGUUGAUGACGAGGAGCCAUCAGUGAGGUCUAAGAGAUCCGGUGCUUAUGCCUAUGCCGCUGCACCAGUCGCUUACUACAGAGGACCCCCAGGCCCAGCUGGUAGACAAGGAGCACCAGGUCCAAAGGGAGACCAAGGAUCAUCAGGAGCAGAAGGACCUCAGGGAUAUCCAGGAUACAAGGGUGAAACUGGUGACCAAGGAAUAACUGGUGCCCCAGGACCACAAGGUCUUACUGGCGCCCCAGGACCACAAGGAGAGGUAGGAGAUACCGGUGCACCAGGAGUACCAGGUGCUCCAGGUCCACAGGGCCCAUCAGGACCAAAGGGUGAACAAGGAUUCCCAGGACACCAAGGACUCCCAGGCGAACAAGGAGAAACCGGAGAGAAAGGUGACACUGGUUACCCAGGAAUGACUGGUGCUCCAGGAAUGAUGGGAGCCAAGGGAGACAUGGGAGUAUCAGGUGCCCCAGGAGUUCAAGGUGAACCAGGACCACCAGGUGUUCAGGGAGAAAAUGGACCACAAGGACCAAUGGGACCACAGGGUGAAUCUGGAGAACAAGGAGGUUCCGGACCACAAGGAUACCCAGGACACAAAGGAGAUAGAGGAGUAACUGGUGCCCCAGGAGCCAGAGGAGCAGCUGGUGCCGUUUACCAAGCACCUGCCCCCGUUUAUGGAAAAUAUGUUGCAGCCCCAGUUUACACAAGAAAUAGGAAGGGAUAAAUAUCUUUAAAAUUUAGUUUAUACAAUUGGCUGAAAUUCCAUAAUAUAUUUUCUAUUCCAUCUCAGUCGUGUCUUCGGCUAGAGCGCUCUAGUCGAUUAGUUCCGUGACGAGAACAACAGUUGUAGAAUUUAAAAAAAAAGAUAUCUGUGAUCUUGUCAAGAUGAAAUAAAAACUAAAACUUUUUUA